CAUGGCAAGCGGCGCUCCGACAUCUUGCGCAGCAGUCCCGAGGUGAAGCAGCUCUUUGGCCGCGCGCCGAUCGCAACCACGGGGGCGACAGCGGUGCUGGUCGUCCUGCAGCUGGCCGCGGUCGCCCACGGCUCCACUUUGCGCGGAACAGCCCUCGUGGCCCACGCUUGGAUGAUUGGCGCGACACUGGCCAACUCAUCCUUUCUGCUGGUGCACGAGAUCUCGCACGACUUGGUCUUCAAGGCGGAGUGGGCGAACCGGGUCUUAGGCAUGGUCGCGCAGCUGCCGCUCCUCGCGCCGAUGGCCGAGUCCUUCCGCUACUACCACGCCUUUCACCACAAGGCGCUCGGCGUCGAGGACACGGACCCCGACAUACCUACGGCCUGGGAGGAGCAGCUGCUCCAGCUGCCCGGCGCGCUGGGCGUCGGCGUGCGGCUGGUCGCCCUGGCGCUCAAUAUGAUCCCCUACCUCUUCCGACCCAUUCUGCUCCACGGCCCGCCGCCAGUGAGCGGGUUCAUGCUCCUCAACGUCGCCUUGCAGGCCGCGUUUGACGCCGCCUUCCUGGCCAUCCUCGGAUGGCCGGGGGUCUUGUACACGUUCUGGGCGAUCCUGUUUGCCGGGGGCCUCCACCCAAGCGCGGCGCACUUCAUCUCGGAGCACGUCGCCGUCGACGAGCGCAUGCUGUCCACCGGGCAGGCGACUGCAAGCUCGUACAACUGGCUCCAGGCGCUCACGCAGUUCAACGCCGGCUGUCACACCGAGCAUCACGACCUGCCUUGCGUCCCGUGGACGAGGCUGCCCCUCGUGCGGCGGUACGCGCCGGAGCACUACAAUCACCUCGUCUCGCACAGGUCCGCGACCGGGGUCAUCGUCAGGUUCGUCCUC